AUGGAUAUUGUGAAACUUGAACGAGACAUUGACCUUUCUUUACAUUUAUUGGACAUUAAAUAUGAUAAAAAUAUUAGCAUAAAUCAAAAAAUACCACCGCCAAGAAGAUCAAGAAAUCCUCCAAUUGCUCAAAAUCCUUUUUCAGUUCUUUCAAAUGGCUGCGCUCUUUUACCUCCUGGUAAAAAUGAAUUUACUUUAAAACUCAUACUAGAUGAAGCAAAAGAAUCAAAAGAUUUUAAAAAAAUAUUAGAGGAAAUGAAUACAAAAAUGGAUCAAAUCGCUAAAGAUGUGAACGAAUUAAAAAAAGAUAGAAUCACUUUAAAACUUUUAAAAGACACGUUAAACAAUAUAAUUUACGAUGAAAACGAGUAUGAUUUUGAAGAAUUAAAGGAUGAAGAAGAACAUCACGUUGUUGAUCAUACCGACCAUACUAAAAUUCGCGAACUCGAAAGUCAGCUUCAUGAUUAUAACAAACAUAGAAAAGAAGUUAUUAAUCAGCUUGAAGAAUGUAAAAAACACAGAAAUGAAGUUGAAAUCAAGAUUAAUGAAAUAAUCACUGCUCAUCUUAACAUGAACAUCAGUGAAGUUGAAAAUAAAACUGGCCCUGAAAAAUUAGACACCAUCCUUAAUAGAAUUACCGAUCAAGUGGACGAAUGUCUCAAGUUGCUUGGUGUCAAGUAUAAUAAUAAAGACAGCCUGAUGGAAAAAUUAAAAAAAUUAGUAAAAGCCUGUGAAAACCUUAUCUUGGUUGGCCCAGUUCAAGAAAGAUUAUGGUAUUGUUUAACUUACUUAGAUUCUUCUUCUAAAAGCCUUAAAAGUUUCACCUCAAAUUUUAACGAAAAUAUGGAUAAAUUGUUAUGA